AUGAAGCCCUUACCGUUCAUGAUCCAUGUACUGCUGAUACUGAUAUUCAUAACCGUAAAUAAUUAUGGCAAUUGUAGACCACAAACGGGACAGCCAAGUCAACCUCAAGCAGGAUCGCCUCUGGACUCGAACAUCGGCAACAACAAUAACAACAACAACAACAACAACAACAAUAACAAUAACAACAACAGCGCCAUAUCGCGACGUGGUUGGCGGGGCGAAUGGCGGCGAACUGAUCCGGGCACGGUGUACAGUUACAUAUGGAAGAGCAGUGAUCAGCCACUCGGCAAAGCCGAGCUGUACAUAAUACUUGCCCUGUUGAUCGGCAUGGCCACCGUCAUAGUCGGAUGCUGGCUGUCGGACAAUUGUUGGUCACCCGAACCGGAACAACACUACACGAUAGCGUGGCACGACCGGCACCGAUGGAUAUGA